AUGCGCCGGCCUGGCCUCGGCUGCCACUGCCCCCUCCUCCUCCUGCUGCUGCUCCCAGCCGCCACAUCUGCUAGCGGCCCCAGUUCCAGUCCCAGCCCUAUCCAGGCCGUCGAGGACGCGGUGGUCCCGGGCCACCAGGCCGGUGCUGCUGCCUGUCGUUGCUGCUUAGCCCAGACACCUAGGAGUAGCCACUGCACCCGAGCUUCCUGCAGGGUCCGGAGCUGCCCACCCGGCAGGUGUACAGAUCAACAGGGGUGCCUGACCCCAACACCUUCGGUGCCCAGCCCCAGCCGCAGUCCGGUGGAGAAGAGACAGGUAUCCCUCAACUGGCAGCCACUGACUUUGCAGGAGGCCCGAGCUCUGCUGAGGCAAAGGCGGCCCCGAGGGCCGUGGGCCCGGGCAUUGCUGAAAAGAAGGCCCCCACAUCGCGCCCCUGCCGGCCAGGCCCGGGUUCUAUGUCCCUUGAUCUGUCACAACGGUGGUGUGUGUGUGAAGCCUGACCGCUGCCUUUGCCCCCCGGACUUCGCUGGCAAAUUCUGUCAAUUGCAUUCUUCGGGGGCCCGGCCCCCGGCCCCAGCCAUGCCGGGCCUUACCCGUUCGGUUUACACAAUGCCACUAGCCAAUCACCGCGAUGAUGAACACGGCGUAGCAUCGAUGGUGAGUGUGCACGUGGAGCACCCUCAGGAGGCAUCGGUGGUGGUGCACCAGGUGGAACGUGUGUCUGGCCCCUGGGAGGAGGCGAACUCUGAAGCCCUAGCCAGGGCUGAAGCGGCAGCACGGGCCGAGGCGGCGGCGCCCUACACAGUGCUGGCACAGAGCGCGCCACGCGAGGACGGCUACUCAGACGCCUCCGGCUUUGGUUACUGUUUCAGGGAACUGCGCGGAAGCGAAUGUGCAUCGCCGCUGCCGGGACUCCGGACGCAGGAAGUAUGCUGCCGAGGGGAGGGCUUGGCCUGGGGUGUUCAUGAUUGUCACCCGUGCGCGGAACACUUGGGGAACUCCAACCGAGUGAGUGGUCCAAAUGGGCUUUGUCCAACCGGAUUCGAAAGAGUUAAUGGGUCCUGUGUAGAUGUGGAUGAGUGCGCCACAGGUGGGCGUUGCCAACACGGAGAGUGUGCCAACACUCGUGGCGGGUACACGUGUGUAUGUCCGGAUGGUUUCCUCCUAGACUCUUCCCGCAGCAGCUGCAUCUCCCAACACGUGAUCUCGGAGGCAAAGGGGCCCUGCUACAGAGUGCUCCAAGAUGGCGGAUGCUCGCUGCCCAUUCUUCGAAAUAUCACCAAACAGAUCUGCUGCUGUAGCCGCGUGGGCAAGGCGUGGGGCCGAGGCUGCCAGCUCUGUCCACCUUAUGGUUCAGAGGGUUUUCGGGAGAUCUGUCCAGCUGGCCCUGGUUACCACUAUUCAGCUUCUGACCUCCGCUACAACACCAGACCCCUAAACCCGGAUCCACCUCGAGUGACUUUCAAUCAGCCACGUGCUCCACCUGUCACUCUUAGGCCACCCACAGGUUUUCUGCCCACUCGUCGACCUGAGCCCCGUCCUGACCCUGGGCCACAGCCUGAACUCCGGCCUCGACCUGAACCCCAGCCUCGGCCUGAAUUUCCCCUGCCCAGCAUCCCUGCUUGGACCGGUCCAGAGAUUCCUGAAUCAGGUACCUCUUCCAGCAUGUGUCAGCGAAAUCCCCAGGUUUGUGGUCCUGGACGCUGCGUUUCUCGGCCAGGCGGCUACACCUGUGCCUGCGACCCAGGUUUCCGGCUCGGCCCCCAGGGCACUCGCUGUAUUGACGUAGAUGAAUGUCGCCGCGUCCCUACACCCUGUGCUCCUGGACGCUGCGAGAAUACACCAGGCAGCUUUCGCUGCGUGUGCGGCACCGGCUUCCGAGCAGGCCCACGGGCUACAGAGUGUUUGGAUGUGGACGAGUGCCGCCGAGUGCCGCCGCCGUGUGACCGCGGGCGCUGCGAGAACACACCAGGAAGUUUCCUAUGUGUGUGUCCCGCCGGGUACCAGGCAGCACCGCACGGAGCCAGCUGCCAGGAUGUUGAUGAAUGCACCCAGAGCCCAGGCCUCUGUGGCCGCGGGGCCUGCGAAAACCUGCCCGGCUCUUUCCGCUGUGUUUGCCCGGCUGGUUUCCUCGGCUCAGCGUGUGAAGAAGAUGUGGACGAAUGUGCCCAGCAGCCUCCGCCCUGCGGGCCAGGCCGCUGCGACAACACCUUGGGUUCAUUCCACUGUGCCUGUCCAGCUGGCUUCCGCUCCCGAGGGCCAGGGGCCCCCUGCCAAGAUGUGGACGAAUGUGCCCGGAGCCCCUCACCUUGUGCCUAUGGCCGCUGUGAAAACACGGAAGGGAGCUUCAAGUGUGUCUGCCCUACAGGCUUCCAACCCAACGCUGCGGGCUCCGAGUGCGAGGAUGUGGAUGAGUGUGAGAACCACUUGGCCUGUCCUGGGCAGGAGUGUGUGAACUCACCAGGCUCCUUCCAGUGCCGGGCCUGCCCUGUUGGCUACCACCUUCACCGUGGCAGAUGCACUGACGUGGACGAAUGCAAUUCCGGCACCCCUUGUGGUCUCCAUGGCCAAUGCACGAAUGCCCAAGGCUCCUUCCACUGCAGCUGCUCGACAGGUUACCGGGCACCAUCUGGUCGACCCGGGCCCUGUGCAGAUAUAAAUGAGUGUCUGGAAGGCGACUUCUGCUUCCCCCAUGGAGAGUGCCUCAACACCGACGGCUCCUUUACCUGUACCUGUGCCCCUGGCUAUCGGCCUGGACCUCGUGGAGCAUCUUGUCUGGACGUGGACGAGUGCAGUGAGGAGGAUCUUUGCCAGAGCGGCAUCUGUACCAACACUGACGGCUCCUUCGAAUGCAUCUGUCCUCCUGGACACCGUGCUGGCCCUGACCUUGCCUCCUGCCUUGACAUUGACGAGUGUCGUGAACGGGGACCUGCCCUGUGCGGGUCUCAGCGCUGUGAAAAUUCUCCUGGCUCCUACCGCUGUGUGCGGGACUGCGAUCCAGGUUACCACCCUGGCCCCGAGGGCACCUGUGAUGACGUGGACGAGUGCCGAGAAUAUGGCUCUGCGAUUUGCGGCGCCCAGCGCUGUGAGAACACCCCUGGCUCCUACCGAUGCACGCCAGCCUGCGACCCUGGCUAUCAACCUACUCCAGGGGGCGGGUGCCAGGAUGUGGAUGAGUGCCGGAACCGGUCUUUCUGCGGUGCCCAUGCUAUGUGCCAGAAUCUGCCUGGCUCCUUCCAGUGCGUCUGUGACCAAGGCUACGAGGGGGCACGGGACGGGCGUCACUGCGUGGAUGUGAAUGAGUGUGAGACACUACAGGGUGUCUGUGGCUCCGCACUGUGUGAAAAUGUUGAGGGCUCCUUCCUGUGUGUCUGCCCCACCAGCCCUGAGGAGUUCGAUCCCAUGACUGGACGUUGUGUUCCCCCUCGGACUCCUGCAGGCACGUUCCCAGGCUCGCAGCCCCAAGCACCUGCCAGCCCCAGUCUUCCAGCCAGGCCUCCCGCCCCUCCCCCACCUCGAAGACCCAGUCCUCCCAGGCAGGGUCCCGUGAGCAGUGGGCGUCGUGAGUGCUACUUUGACACGGCAGCUCCAGAUGCGUGUGACAAUAUCUUGGCUCGUAACGUGACGUGGCAGGAGUGCUGCUGUACUGUGGGAGAAGGCUGGGGCAGCGGGUGCCGCAUCCAGCAGUGCCCGGGCACGGAGACAGCUGAAUACCAGUCAUUGUGUCCUCACGGCCGGGGCUACCUAGUGCCCAGUGGAGACCUGAGUGCCCGGAGAGAUGUGGAUGAAUGCCAACUCUUCCAGGACCAGGUGUGCAAGAGCGGAGUGUGUGUGAACACUGCCCCAGGCUACUCUUGCUAUUGCAACAACGGCUUCUACUAUCAUGCGCACAGGCUGGAAUGCGUUGAUAAUGACGAAUGUGCCGACGAGGAGCCCGCUUGUGAAGGUGGCCGCUGCGUGAACACGGUGGGCUCUUACCACUGUACCUGCGAGCCCCCACUGGUGCUGGACGGCUCCAGGCGACGCUGCGUCUCCAAUGAGAGCCAGAGCCUUGAUGACAAUCUGGGAGUGUGCUGGCAGGAAGUCGGGCCUGAUCUCGUCUGCAGUCGCCCACGACUAGACCGGCAGGCCACCUACACAGAGUGCUGCUGUCUCUAUGGUGAAGCCUGGGGUAUGGACUGUGCUCUCUGUCCUGCCCAGGACUCAGAUGAUUUUGAGGCUCUUUGCAAUGUGCUGCGCCCACCUGCUUAUGGCCCGCCACGCCCGGGUGGCUUUGGACUUCCUUAUGAAUAUGGCCCAGAUAUAGGCCCACCUUAUCAGAGUCUCCCCUAUGGGCCAGAUCUGUAUCCACCACCUGUGCUACCCUAUGACCCCUACCCACCCCCACCUGGACCUUUUGCUCGCCGGGAGGCCCCUUAUGGUGCCCCGCCCUUCGAAAUGCCGGACUUUGAGGAUGAUGGUGACCCCUAUGGCGAGACUGAGGCUCCUGACCCACCAAGCCGAGGCACUGGUUGGCCAUAUCGGUCCAGAGACACCCGUGGCUCCUUCCCAGAGCCUGAGGAAUCCUCUGAGCGUGGAAGCUAUACAGGAGCCUUGUCUGAGCCCUAUGAGGGCCUAGAGGCCGAGGAGUGUGGUAUCCUGGAUGGCUGCGCCCACGGCCGCUGUGUACGUGUUCCAGAAGGCUUCACCUGUGAUUGUUUCGACGGCUACCGCCUGGACAUCACCCGCAUGUCCUGCGUCGACAUCAACGAGUGUGACGAGGCUGAGGCAACCUCCCCACUCUGCGUCAAUGCGCGCUGUGUCAACACUGAUGGUUCCUUCCGCUGUAUUUGCCGUCCGGGAUUUGCACCCACGCACCAACCACAUCACUGUGCGCCUGCUCGACCUCGGGCCUGAGCAGCUGCGUGCGCCUAGCCUCCCAUUAUAACUGAGCACUAGGAGCUUCCAGAGUGCACCUAGCCUUCCUCUAGUCUGCAUGUGUGUGAGGAUGUCAGACAGUCUCGAUGUAGGAUGGACGGACACAGAGGGGUGCCUUCUAUGGCACCAGUUCAUCAUGCCUAGCCCCUCCCACCAGUGCCCUGGGCCUGUCCUGGGUUCCCUGACACAUUUCUUGCCCUUUUAUACAAUUUUCAAUUAAACCACCUAUUUUGUACUUUC